AUGCCUCCGAUGACCAAGAUAUGGCUCUCUACCUUGAAAGACCCCAGUUCCAUUUCCAGCCCCAAGUUCCAGCAACUCAUCACUGAGCUCCUUGAAUUCUGUGCCUCUUACACGAAUCCAACUGCGGAUAAAUCGGUUCCACCCAUGCACGUAUUCUUCCGGAAUACAAAGGAGCCAUCUCAGCUCUUCAUGAUCACGGGCUAUCCAUCUUAG